GCGGGAGCGGAGGGGAGGGGGUGGUAGGCCUGACGAGCGGCCGAAGACGGGGACCCUGGCCCCGGACAACAAAUGCGCCUUGGCUUCCCUCGCCGUGGCCAUGGGGACGUCCCGAUAGAUCCUUUGCCCCGAUAGGCAGCCCCAGCAUUUCGCAGCCCUGACCUGGAACCUCCGGAGGGCUGCAGAGCGAGCGCCGCCUCUGCGCUCCGGCCGAGGCACGAGGCCAGUCGAGCGGGACAGGCGCGACCCUGAGCGCUCCAUGCCUGCAGGCGUGGGGAGGCGUGGCCUCCCCCAGGGCCGUCACCUCUGCUGGUUGCUCUGCGCUGUCACCUUAAAGCUCUGCCAAGCGGAGGCUCCUGUGCGGGAGGAGAAGCUGUCAGUGAGCACCUCACAAUUGCCGUGCUGGCUGGUGGAAGAGUUUGUGGUGGCAGAAGAGUGUACUCCAUGUUCUAGUUUCCAGGCUAAAACCACCCCUGAGUGUGGUUCCACAGGGUAUGUGGAGAAAAUCACAUGCAGCUCAUCUGAGAGGAAUGAGUUCAAAAGCUGCCGCUCAGCUGUGAUGGAACAACGCUUAUUCUGGAAAUUCGAAGGGGCUGUCGUGGGUAUGGCCUUGGUCUUCGCUUGCCUUGUCAUCAUUCGUCAGCGACAACUAGACAGAAAGGCUCUGGAAAAGGUCCGGAAGCAGAUCGAAUCCAUAUAGCUGCCUUCUACCCUUUUAUAUGGGUCUUAGAGACCAUAGUGGUCUGAGAAUGUGGAAUGGCCUGACUUGUGCCCCUGGUUCUUUGGAGCCUUGUGGCAGCACUCCCUUUCUCCCAUCUUCCUCCUUUGGAUCAUUAAUGAGUACAAUAAACAGAGUAAAAUAGU